UAUGUUGUAUAAUUUUUAAUUUGUGGUUUGUUUUGAUUUUGUAAUUUAAAUUAUUUAUGACGAUUUUUGAUUUUUAUUUUACUAUUAUUGCUGUCAAAGUGUCAACGAACGUUGGUUAUCUCUUUUUCCUUCUACAGUCGCAGUGUUAUUGCUUUAUCAUUUUGCAUUAUUUUUCUUUUGUCAAUGAAAUGUGAAACCUACGAUGUUCAAUAACAAAAUAAUAUACAGUUGUCAAUAAUAAAUAACAAUACAAUAUUAAUCAUUAUGGUUUCUAAACAACAACAAAUGCGAAAUGAGCGUUAUAAGAAAUUAUUGCAAAAGGUUGCAGAUGAACAUAACCUUUUUGAAAUAAUAGUAGAAAACUCCGGUACCCUUGCUAAUAACUCUGCUAAACAACAAUGUAAUUCAAAUACUUUUAAACUACUUUGUAGUUAGUUUUUCUAACAUAAUCGUAAACAAGGAUUCACAAUUAAACAUAAAAUGAGAGAAUUAUAUUGAUAAAUGGGUUAAUGCACGUUAUUUUACAGCCUCAUGAUUUUAUUUUAUUUUUUAAAACAACUUAUUUUUUACGGCAAAAAUCAUGGCACAAAAGUAAUCUUUAUUGUUCCAGUAAAAAAAGUAUAUUUUUUAGUGUAAUAUGAGUAAAAUAGAAUCACAAACAGUACUUAUUAUGAAUUAUUUUAAAAUAAUAAAGUAAAAACAAGAUUAUUAAAUGGUUAAUAUUUAUAAAUAAAUAAUUCAUAUGUAAAAAUAAAUAACUGAAUGCCUCGCCUGGAGUAUUAUGAUAUGCAUUGUUGUACAACCAGUUUCAAAUUUAAAAUUCAUCAAGUAAAUCAUAAAGUAAAACGUGACCCAAUUGACUGAAUAGUACAAAACACAUAUAAUACUGCAAGCAACGCAUUCAUUUAUUUAUUUCUACAUAUAAAUUAUUGAUAUAUAUAUGAAUUAUUGUAAUUGCAAAAAUAAAAACCAUAAUUUUUGAUUAUUUUAAAUACUGUCUACCUACAUAUUACUGAUUUAAAAACUAACUUAUUCACACUAUAAACUAUAAAAAUUUAACUUACUCUGUGGAAUUUAUUGUAUAUUUUUCUUUGUUCAACUGUUUAAUAAACCAAAAUAAGUUCAUUUAGACUGGUAUAACUUAAAAAUUAUAUAUUAUUACACAUAUACAGUACCCUAUAAAAAUGUUUUUCUUGGGAUUUAACAAAAGUAAAAACUACUAAUGACAAGGUAAAAUUAUUGAAACUAAUAAAUUACAUAGCUUGUUUAUUUUUCGUUUCAGUUUGUCCGGAAAAAAUUAUUAAAACAUUUUCUGAAAUUAUGAAAAAUAUGAAUAAAAUGAGAGUGUGCACAAGACCAACUAUGUGUAAGCCUUAUGGAAAACAAUCAGAAUCAUUGCAAAAAAGUAAUUCACUAAAUAUUGUUACACUGUAAUGAAUAGUUAAAAUAAUAUUUUUAAAUCAAAACAUUAAAAAAAAAAAAUAGUUUUGACUAGCUACAUAAAUAGUCAGUUUUUAAAAAUUAAUAUAAAAUGUUUAUAUUGUACAAUUAACCAGUAAAUGUGGUAGUAUACAUAGUACAUACUUUUUAAUGAUAAAUAUUAAUGUGAAAAUUAUUUCAGCAUUGAAUGAUACAAUUCAUCUUGUUCGGUCACUAAGAACAUUUCUUCCUCCACCCCAUAUUGCAGUUGGUAGCUGGAAAACUGAAGAUAAACAUAGGUACACAACAAUUAAAAUAUUUCUUUUACUUUUUAAUUAAAUUAAUUAGAAAUGCAAAAUGAAUAAUCUAAUCAUCUAUAUUUUCUAGGUUGAAAAAAAAAAGUUUGAACAAUCAUAAUAAAACAAUUUUAGCUGUGGAACAUAAAGAUAUCUCUGAUGCAAUGCUUCCCAAUAGUUCCUCUAAUAAGAAAAAUCCAAAGUUAGAUUAAUAAGUAAUAUAAUCAAAUUAUAAAUAAAACUUAGUUUCAGAUGUAUUAUAUUCGUCAACUUUCAAAAAUUAAAUUGUAUUUUUUUAAAUCUAGUCAAUACUAAAUGAACUAUUGUUCCUAAAAUUAAGUUAUACAUGUUUAUUUAAAUAAUAUUUUGUUAACAUAUUAAUUUCCACAAGAUCACUGGUUUAUUUAUGAGUGUAUAUUUUAAUGUAAUCACUUUAUCAAAAGGAAAUAAUAUGUUGCGAAAUGGCGUAUAAGUAAAAUGUUUUGUUUACUUUCAAACAAUAUCAUACUAUAAUUUUUACUUAAAUAAAAUGCUUGUGUAUUAAAUUUUUCAAUUAAAAUUGUAUAAUUAAAUAAUAAAUAAACCUUAUUUAAUA